AUGUUACACAUAACAAGCAGUUCGUCGCCUGUCGGCUCGGCCAUCUUCUCAUGUAUCGUUCUUGUUGUCAUCUCCCUCGUCGUUCUCCUUAUUCUGCGAUACUACCUCCCUCUGCGGACAACGCCAGCCUUUUAUCUCAUCCCCAUCUUCUUCGCUCUCUGGCUUCCAACAAUAGUCGUCAUUCUUGUCCCGAUCGAUCUCGCCUCGAGCGCAGUCACUGGAGAUGAAGCUACAAGAGGAAUAUGGCUCCCCGAACGGGUCAUAUUAGUUUCAUGGCGCAUCUCAUAUUGGUUGACAUUUGCCUUGACUUGGUUCAUCCUCCCAAUUUUGGCCGAAUAUUCCGACUCUGGAUACAGGGAACCAUACGACAAAUUCAUGUACUCGGUUCGCAGCAAUGCGCAGUUUCACGCCAUUGUUUUGGGAUUCUCAUCGAUCGGCCUCGUUUACUUCUUCAUCAAGUUUGGCUUCAAGGUCGAAGCCAUCAAGGGCACGAUCAUGGCACUUGCAUACUGUUGGGGACUGAUCCUUGCUAUUUAUCUAAUGGGCCAUGGUUUGGUAUCAAUACCGAGACGCCUCAUGCGCGGCGCAAGCAUCAGCGGACGACUCCGACGACUCCAGAGCAAGGCGCCCAAAGUUUACGAAGAGAUGGAGGACUCGAUUGCAAAACUUGAGGAUAUUGAGGUUCAAGUCGCUGAACUAGGACGGCGCAAGACUGGAAGCGCAAAUACAUACCGAGACUGGAUUGAGGAACUACAAGAAAUGGCCAACCUCCCAGAAUCUCAAACUCGAAGCACACGAUUCGGCACGGGACCCGACACUACCAUUAUUCCACAUGUUAUCACUGAAAAAUACCUCGCCGAUCUCACCAGGAAGUACGUGCGCGCAAAGCACGCUCGAUCCCGAUAUGUCAAUGCAUGGAGCGACCUGGUUCAAGAAGCAGCCGAAACACAAGCAAUUCUAGAUUCCGCAGCAUCGAAAAAGCUCGAUUUUGGAGAGGUAUCGCCUCACGCAACAUUUUGGGAAAAUACUGUCAUUUUGACUCCUUACACACGAUAUCUCUACUAUUACCAGAUAUUACCUUAUGCUCAGGUUCUUCUUGGCCUGUUCUUGGCAGCGGCAUCCGCUUGUAUUGUUUGGUCAGAGGUAGUUAAGGUUGCAUUCCCCAAACUGUCGGUCAUCAGAUUAACAGUGGUACAUCACUGGGUUGGUGAUAAACCUGAAGUUGGUUUCGCUGGUCAGGCCAUCUCAUCGUUCUGGAUUUGCUACAUGUGUGCAGCUGCCUUGAUAUCAAUGACAGAAGUCAAAGUCUGGCGUGGCCGAGCUCUUGUUCGCCGCAACACAGCCCACGAGUCGGCUUUCUGGUAUGCCAUGCAAGUGGCCAAGCUCACCAUUCCCAUUUCUUACAAUUUUAUUACAUUCCUAUCGAGCCAGGUCUACAAGAAGACAGUGUUCUACGGCUUCCUUGGCCAGUUGAUCGACUUUACACCGUUGGGUCAUUGGUUUGAUGACCUCUUCCCCGUUGUUGUGCUUUUCCCAGUCUUUGCUACCCUAUUUGGUAUCUAUGGCAGGGUCAAACGAAUUUUCGUUGGCAUGGAUGUCAUUGACGACGAGGAAGAGAACGGCAUCACCUACGGUACUGGCUCGUGGCGCGAAGGUAGAGAUCUCAUUUCUCGUGAACUCGGCGGAAACACGCUGUUCCAUCGUAGGGAGGAUGCUCUCGCUAGGAUAGGCGGAGCUGGAACAACAGGUGGCAGAUCGGCCCCCGUCCUGUCAAUACCUUCUGCUCGUGGCUCUGCAUCCUCGCCUGUUCGAUCACCCGCUCGACCCUCCACGACGAGCGCUCGUCGUGGCCCGGAACAUCGCUACGGUCCGAACUGGAAUGACGAAGAACCAGAAGACGACAACCUCUUUACCAUCAUCGGCCAUCGCAUGAAGAAUACGAUGGACGGUAUUGAGGCUCCCAAGUGGUUCAACGAUAUCAAGAAGCCAAAGUGGAUGGGGGGUGACGAUAACGAUGCGGGUGCUGGGCCAUCCAACUCGGGGCCAGACUUCCGUAGGUGGUUUGGUGGUUCUGGCGAUGGUCAAAUUCGCAUUUAA